ACCGUAUGUAUGAUGGCGAGCGUGAGUUCAAGCUGGAGGCGGACAUACGUCGCCUGCUGGCCACUGAAGACUCGGCCCGUGCCCUGGUCCGUGAUAGCUCCUUAGCCCGGACAUUCAGAAGGCACAGACGAGAACAACAGCUCGGAUGUCGAACCGUGGACCCCAUAACAACGAUACCCGAUGGGGGGACACACAGUCGAAAUGAAUGA